AUGAAACUUUCAAUCGCCAUAUUGUCAUCGAUCCUGCUUGCCUGCUCGGUCACUGUUGCCGACCCAGUUCUUGCCAGUUCGACUACAAGUACUGCAACCAGCACUUCAUCGACAUCUCCUAGUGCGACUGAAACUAGCGGACCUGACUUGACGAAACUAUUCGAUCCAUAUAGUGUAUAUAUGUCUGAUUGCUACCCAAUUGAUUUUGAUGGAAUCACACUGAUUGAAUCACUUGCAAACGGUGUACGUAGACUUGAAAGACUGCUACAAGAUACUAGCGAGAAAAAAACCGAGAUUAAAGAUCAAGUGGAAGUGGUUAGUAAGCUCAAGGAAAAAUUUGACCAUUUAAAGAGUGACCCUUCAAGCAGUAAAUCAGAGAUAAUCAAACUCAAAUCUACGCUUGUUGGAUCCAUUGGGAUUUUUAAAAGCCUCAAAAGACAGAUGAAGGAGCUCAUCAAGGAGUAUUCGCAUACGAAUCAGCAAAAUGCUAAAACACGAACGAUGCUUGGAGAUUACUUUACGAAACACCAUCCGAUUGGAUCAACGAACUCUGACGGUACGAUAAACGCUAAAUCAUAUCCUGGAUUCAAGAAAUGUUUUGAUCAUUUCUACUAUCGUUUACCACAAUGA